ACGUAGAAAAAAACAAAACAGAAGUAGAAACUUGAAAGUGACAUAUAUCAAGAGAGAGAAAAUCAAUGAAGCAUCCGUUGACAAAAAAAAAAGAAAUUAUACUAUAGCAUUAAAUUCCUUGUAUAUUAGGUUGUAUUGAGUUGUUUUUCCAGACUUUCCUUAACAAUCAAAUGAAUUAAUUCUAUUAAAUAAAAACCACCUCGCUUGCACUUCCACCUACUGUUAUUACCUCAAUAAACGUCAUCGUUUUCAAACAUAUCAAGAACCUGCAACUCCAUUUACAGUACCAAAUUUUCAGUUUUUCUUGUUCUUUUUGGGAAAAAUUCUUUCUAGAUCUUGUGCAAUUUAUUGAAUUUUUUUGCUUUUUCUGGUCAUUUAAGUAAAAAAAAAAAAAAAAAUCUGGGUUUUGUUUUGUUCAAGAUUGAAUUUUUUGCUUUUUCUGGUCAUUGUUAAGCAAAAAAAAAAACUGGGGUUAGUUCAAGAUUGAAUUUUUUUUGCUUUAUCUGGUCAUUGUUUAGCAAAAAAAAAAAAAAAAAUCUGGGUGUUGUUCAAGAUUGAGUUUUUUUGCUUUUAUUGGUCAUUGUUAGGCAAAAAAAAAAUUCGGGGGUUUGUUCAAGAUUGAAUUUUGAGAAAUGGGCAACAAAUUUAUUUGCAUGACAAAGAAGGAUAUAAGAGAAAGUGGGAAAAAUGGGAUAGGUUCAAGGAGUAAGAGGAUGGAGAGAUCAAAGAGGAGGUCAUUAUUGGAAGAAGAGUUACUUCAUAGACAAGCUUUGUCUAUGGCAAUUCAACAACAUCAAUUGUCUCAAAGAUUUGAGGGGUCAAUGUCUAGACGUAUUGGAUCCACUAGUUCUCGUCGUCGCAAUGAUUUGCCUGACCAGUUAGCCAAUUCAAAACAGCUACCAGAGUUUUUGGAGAACAUCAAAACAAAGAAAUUUGUUCUGGUACAUGGAGAAGGAUUUGGAGCUUGGUGUUGGUACAAAACUAUUGCUCUACUGGAGGAAACAGGAUUGGUCCCCACAGCCUUAGAUCUCACUGGAUCUGGCAUUCAUCUGACAGAUACAAAUAAUGUUACUACUCUAGUCGACUACUCAAAACCAUUAAUCGAUUAUCUGGAGAAGUUGCCAGAGGAUGAAAAGGUAAUUUUAGUCGGUCACAGUGCUGGAGGUGCUUGUGUUUCCUAUGCCUUAGAGCAUUUCCCAACUAAAAUUGCAAAAGCAGUAUUUCUUAGUGCCACGAUGAUAUCUGAUGGCCAGAGGCCUUUUGAUGCGUUUGCUGAAGAGCUUGGGUCCGCCGAGCUUUUUACCCCGGAGUCUAAGUUCUUAAUUUAUGGGAAUGGUAAAGACAAGCCUGCUACUGGCAUCAUGUUCGAGAAGGAGCAAAUGCGGGGGCUAUAUUUCAAUCAGUCUCCUACAAAGGAUGUUGCUUUAGCAAUGGUUUCUAUGAGACCUAUUCCUCUUGGUCCGAUGAUGGACAAGCUAUCACUCACACCUGAAAAGUAUGGAACUAGUCGUAGAUUUUAUAUCCAGACUUUGGAUGACCAUGCUCUUUCACCGGAUGUCCAAGAAAAGCUAGUGAGAGUAAACCCUCCUGAAGGAGUUUUCAAGAUCAAAGGCAGUGACCAUGCUCCAUUCUUCUCGAAGCCACAAUCGCUGCAUAAGAUUUUGGUCGAAAUUGCUCAGAUUCCAUAAUAUUAUAGAGAAUGGCUUCAUUGAUUAUGUUCUUAUGGAGGCUGUAGAAUCCAUGAGGUUGUUGGUUGUACAGAAGAGGAGAAUGACUCAGCUUGUUUUAUACUAUCUAUUUUCAUAUUUUAUUUCACUUCUUACAUGGAAGGCAUUGGUUCAUAGUUGAAAUAUUCUUCUUUGUAGUUACAGCUAAGAUAGCAGUUAGACUUGAAAUAUACCUCAUUUAGUUCCACUUGUGGUAGCACUUUGUUCUCUCGAUUGUUUAUUUCUGAAGAAACAGUGAGGCCCCGGAUGCUUGAUAUUUUGUGUUCAUAAAUAACUGAUCUUCUACA